GUAGGAUCCAAAUCCAAAGAUAUGAGUCAAUAACACCAAAUCCUUGAAUCUCCGAUUCUGUUCUCAAAUUCAAACGAUUGCUGAACAAGCAUUUGACUCCUAUUCCACUUCUCUCAAUUUGCAUUCUAGGGUUUGUUUUUCUAUGAUCAAUAUCAACCCCUCAUUUUUGUUUCUUCUAAUUUUGUUGAUAUAUAAGCGCACACACGCAAUUCAGUUAUCCGCCCCUCAAUUCCAGCUCAAUUUGAUGAAAUUCCCCCAAUUCCAGUUGCAUUAACAAAUCUCCCCCAAUUUCUGAGCGUGUUUUUGAGUGGGGGCGGUUUCGACUUGUUAAUCGCAGGAUCAGCAGGAAUGAUCGAAUCCCAAAACUAUUAUUUGAAUUCGUGUUCUGAUCAUAAUGAAGGCUACUAAAAUCCUGCGCAGUUUGUCGGCUCCCAACGCAUUGUUCGAGUCGUUUUCGACGUCGUCUGCGCCAUCGAUUUCCAUGGCGGCGCCGCGGAGCGUCUACGUGGAGAGGUCGUUGGAUGAGGACAGGGAGAAGAAUGCGGAGUCUCCGACAGAUAAGAAAUUCAGGGCGGAGAAAUCGCCGCCCUCUAGGUGGGAAUUUGUGGCAGCGUUGGGGGUAUUUUUGUCAUUCUCGUCUGGUUUGUUGUUCAUAUAUCUCACGAUGCCCGCGGCGGAUUAUGAUAUCCUCAAGCUGCCUCGCACUCUUGCAGAUCUUCGCUUGCUCAAAGAUCAUCUUGCAAGCUAUGCUCGACACUACCCAGCAAAGUUCAUUCUGGGUUACUGUUCGACAUACAUAUUCAUGCAGACAUUUAUGAUACCAGGGACAAUUUUCAUGUCCUUGCUAGCUGGAGCUCUUUUUGGAGUUGGCCGAGGCCUUUUCUUGGUUGUCUUUAAUGCCACUGCUGGUGCAUCGUCUUGCUAUUUUUUGUCAAAGCUUAUUGGCAAACCCAUUGUUCUCUGGUUGUGGCCUGAAAAGCUAAGAUACUUUCAGGCAGAGAUAGCGAGGCAUAGAGACAAGUUGCUCAACUACAUGCUCUUCCUGAGAGUUACCCCAACAUUGCCCAAUCUUUUCAUCAAUUUGGCUUCACCAAUUGUAGAUAUCCCAUUUUAUACCUUCUUUCUUGCAACUGUCAUUGGUCUUGUUCCAGCCUCUUAUAUUACUGUCAGCGCUGGACUUGCACUCGGAGAUCUGAAGUCGGUGAAAGAUCUAUACGAUUACAAGACCUUGGCCGUACUUUUCCUCAUUGGGUCUGUUUUAUUGUUUCCGACCCUCCUGAAGAGAAAAGCAAGUGUAUGAAUAGAUUUGUACGUGCAUUUCCUCCAAUCUCAGUGGAGAAGGAAAUCCAUAAACACGGCGAUUCCUUCAUCCGCGGUGAGUAUUCAAGUGCAGAAGCCUGCUAUUCAUUCUUUCUUUCAAGAUAUCGCAGCAGAAAUGGUGAGAUUUUACAUUUAUGCGACAUGAAGCAACACAUGAAUGUUGCUGUAUGUAUAUAUUCAUUCAACUCAAAUUUUGAAUGUCGCUUUAUAGUGAUAGUUAUUUUGGUGUUUGCCAUUAAUCAAUAUUAAGCACUGAGUUAUACUGUUCUGAUAGAUUUUUGUUUCUCA